AUGGCGAAAGUUCCAUCAACCACUGCGAACGAGAUUCUCUCCCUUCUUCAGAGUCUCACCAAAGCAAAUGCCGACUCUGUUCUUCACAACCUCUCUCAGUUUAUUAAACUCGGAACCGAGAAAAGCAUUGUUCUGCUCAAAGCAUGCUUUGAUAAUCUGAAUCGGCACAAGACGGAGCCGAAGAAUCCGCCAUUGGAGAAGGUGGUCGCGUCGAUCUUCAGAAAUCUCCUGGUAAGACCAAAUUUUUGUACCGUGCUUCGCAAGUCACUGAGGGAAUCCAAGAUCAGCCAUGGAACCAUAGAGAAUUUCUCUGACGCAUUACACCUAUCGUUGCCUGAGAAAAUUUGUAUUGGUCUUGCUUUGUCCAAUUCUGAAAACUUCGACAUCAGGAUUUGUGGCAAGAACUUUUACGUGGCUCGGAUCGAGGAAUUGUGUGCCGCCGAUCCCGAUAAUCCCAAUUCUCGUGAGCAAAUUCUUAGUAUCAUCUCGUUUUUCCAGCAAUCUGAAUGCCUCUCAGGGCUUUUAGAUUCAUUUUUGAAGAUUCUAUCUUUUGUGCAGCUGAAAGAUGAUAUCUUUACGGAAAUUCUUGAUAUCUGCCAAGAGAAAUAG